UCUCGGCCGAAACGUCGACUGUACCUCUUCCUCGAGAUUCUGCCUGGCCUGCUGCAUUCACCAGCAACUUUGAUGUGUGUUGCUUGAAUUUCCAGCAUCUGCAGAAUUCCUGGUGUUUACUGAGUGCUUUUCGUUCAUUUGUUUUUACUUCCGCUUCGAUUCCGAAACAAAUAUUUUUGACUCGGCGGCCAAGAUUCUUCAUCAAUCAUUUUCGGCAUGUUACCAUGCUAGUUCGUCAGCAAAUGUACCACAUAGCUCGUUGUUGCAGGCGUCCCUCUGCAAACUGGUCACACCGAUGUAAUAUCACCAGCGUCUGGGGAACGUAGAGCUCCUCGUAGGAGUCAGUUGAUCGCGCUGAGGGAAGCCUGUGACCAUAUUUAUCACUCGGAUUUACGGGCUGUUUUCCUUUAUUGAUCGGCGGAGAUGGCCUGGGCGCUGAAGAUGCCAAUGCCGGAUGAGGUUAUCGAAUCCGGCCUGGUGCAAGAUUUCGACGCCAGUUUGUCUGGAAUCGGCCAGGAGUUGGGGGCAGGAGCCUACAGUAUGAGUGAUGUCCUUGCAUUGCCAAUCUUCAAACAGGAAGAGUCCACCUUGCCUCCAGAGGAUGAGGAUAAGCUACUCCCAUUUCAAUAUGUCCUUUGUGCAGCUACUUCACCAGCUGUAAAGCUCCAUGAUGAAACACUUACAUACCUCAACCAAGGGCAAUCUUAUGAAAUUCGAAUGCUUGACAACCGGAAAAUUGGGGAGUUGCCUGAAAUCAAUGGCAAAUAUGUGAAGAGUAUUGUCCGAGUGGUAUUUCAUGACCGCCGUUUACAGUAUACGGAACACCAGCAAUUGGAAGGAUGGAGGUGGAACCGACCAGGAGAUAGGAUCCUGGAUUUGGAUAUUCCAUUGUCAGUAGGCAUCGUUGACCCCAGAGCAAAUCCAACACAGCUAAAUACAGUGGAGUUUCUUUGGGACCCUUUGAAGAGAACCUCUGUAUUUAUCCAGGUGCAUUGUAUUAGUACUGAAUUCACAACCAAAAAGCAUGGAGGAGAAAAAGGAGUGCCUUUUCGAAUUCAAAUAGAUACAUUCAAAGAGAAUGAGAAUAGUGAAUAUACAGAGCAUCUUCAUUCAGCUAGCUGUCAAAUCAAAGUGUUCAAGCCAAAAGGUGCUGAUAGAAAACAGAAAACAGACAGGGAAAAGAUGGAAAAGCGAACUCCUCAAGAGAAGGAAAAGUAUCAGCCUUCCUAUGAUACAACUAUCCUCACAGAGUGUUCUCCCUGGCCGGAUAUUUCCUAUGUUAACAACACAGCAUCUCCUGGAUUUACAAGUUCACAUGGCAACUUUACAAUAGGUGAAGGGAAUGGAUCCCCUCAUCAUCAGCCUGAUCCAGUUCCUGCCACCACAGAUACAUUAGGAUCCUUUCGAAAGUGGGUUUGUCGAGAACUGUCAGUGUCUCCCGUCUCUGAAAAUCAGAAUCUGUUGGCAACAGCCACUCCACAGGAUGCUCAGCAGUGGUUGCACAGAAAUCGAUUUUCUCCAUACUGCAGGCUCUUCGCAAACUUCUCUGGUGGAGAUCUGUUAAAGCUGACCAGGGAUGACGUUAUUCAGAUCUGUGGCCCUGCUGAUGGAAUUCGACUCUUUAAUGCUCUAAAAGGAAGGAUGGUUAGACCAAGGCUAACCAUUUACGUUUGUCAGGAAUCACAUCAAGUCCGAGAGCAGCAGCAUCAGAAGCAUGAAAAUGGCGAUACUGUGAACAGUUCUUUCUAUGUGUACCAUGCAAUUUAUUUGGAAGAAUUAACAGCGAUUGAAAUGACAGAGAAGAUAGCUCAACUUUUCAAUAUUUCUCCUCGUCAAAUCCACCAGAUCUAUAAACAGGGCCCCACGGGUAUUCAUGUGCUUGUGAGUGAUGAGAUGAUCCAAAACUUCCAGGAUGAAUCAUGUUUUAUACUCGAUACCUUAAAAGCCGAGGGUUGUGACAGUUACCACAUAAUCCUCAAGUGAGCAAUGUCCAAGGAUAGCGUCUUCUGUGAAUGACCUUACCUUUACGUUGUGACUCCUACUCCUAGCAGCAAAAUAUUUACAACUCUUAAAGACUCAAGGAUGUUGCUGUCUAUCUUGGCACAGGACAAACCUUUAUGGGAUCGUGCACAUAGCAGCCUGACAAAAGCGACCAACUUCUAUUGAAGCAGGUUCUAAAUUGUGGGCAAGAGGCUAGGUAGGGGAAAGAACAAAAUGUGACAAAUGAAUGUGUGUUGUUCAACUUUGAUACAAAAUUGUUCCUGAUAAGUGUGUUUGCUGCUGUUCUUGACUUUGGGUGCGAUAAGGAAAGGAUGCAGAAAGCAUGCUGGUUUUUCCAUUCUUGAUUUGCACCUUUUUUAUAUUUUAUGUGUACCAUCCUUAGUGCCUGGAUGAAAAAUACAUUUUGACUGUUCAGUUUGCUUCAUGGUUGCAUUUGAGCUCAUUUUAGUAAAGUUGUUUGCUGCAGAUCUUGGAAAACAGCAGACUUCCAGAUUUUGUCAUUCUUAGUCCAUGUUUGAUGUUGUACCUAAACAUUUUAUGUGUAGUCCUGGUAUGAUUUGAAAUCCACUUCUUAGGGUAUGCUGCUGAUUAUCAUAUGUAUUCACUUUGAAAGUAAUGAUAGUAAAGUAAAAUUUACUUAUUUCAUUUAGGUCUUACCUUCUAAGCUAAGAUCCCAGUUGGUUAUGUGCAAAAUUUAGGAAGGUUUUUUAAGCAAAAUAUUUUUGAACAUCAAUUUGGGAGAAGUUUCCUGUUCAAACAGUGCAAUAAUUCAUCAAAGGAUCCAUUAGCAAAAAGUUGAAUUUCAGUUGAAGUCCUAAUCCAGAUGAACAUUCAUGAACAACAGUUUGUAAGUAGAUGUUUUGAAAAUCAAGGGUACAAUGUGGUCUGACAUCUCUUGAGUUUGCUUUCUCAUAUCUUCAUCUCAUUCUCAAGCAAUUGUGCGCUUCCAACAAUUCUAGGGAAGGUCUGGUCUGCCUUAUUUCAUAUAUGAUUAUUUUUGUUCACUUCAAGAGCAGCUCUGUUGGUAUCCAAUGAACUGCCUGUCCUCUGCAUAGUCUUACACAGUCAAGUGAAAAUCGAAAGAAGAAGGCAAUAAGCUCGUCAAACAAAAGGACUUUUUAUGUGAAUAAAAUCAAAUUGGUUUUUGGUCAGCAGCAGUACUGGAACAUGUGUAUCAGUGUACUCUUGAACUUCAGUGUAGAGAUGAUAUGUAAAAGGCUUUGAGGGGCUACAUAAAUUAGGUCCACCUUUCAUAAUUCAAUGAAUUCUUAUUGUUAUUACAUAAUGUGGUUACAACAGUGUAGCAAAACACCCAGUACAAACUACCCAAUGAAGCAUUUGCCAUAUAAAACCGCGGACUUACAGAAGAAUCUGCUGCUUGACGUAGGAAAUCUUUACUUUGCAUUCCCAACCCUGUGUUAGAGCUGCAGUCUUACUCUUUCCUGUUGGCAUAUCAUCGGAGAUUGAGCCUGGAUUUUGUUAACACCUUGGCUUAUCAAUGAGUUUGAAUUUCUUUCUGGAAUGGUUAUUUCUGAGUUAUCAAUGACAUUUCUUGCAGAGGAAGAAAUCUACACUGGUAAAUCUGAGUAGGUUAAAAGGAGAGGGAAGAGAAGAGAAGCAUUUGUUUAAUAGAAGCACUUCCAACUGAAAAUUAUCUUCCCUCACAUAAGCCAGUACUUUAUUAUGGAAGAUAUUUAGCUAUUAAUGGCCUGUGAUACAGUAAUAUUUUCUAUUGUGUUUUGAAUAUAUUUAAAAAGUAGUAUGUGGAAUAUGCUCAUCUUUGCAGACCAUCCCCUCACUAUAAAUUUGUGUAUAGUGAUGAAUUAUGUUGUACUGAAAUAUAGAUCUGUUUCUUUAAUUCUUCAAUAAGAACAUGACUAAGCCAAAGGUAUAGUGUGUAGUCAUAGGGGAAGAUAGGGAAGAGACUUGCCUCCCAUUGAAACUCUCGAGCUAGUUUUGGAAUCUCAUCAGUUGAGUUUAGAAAUAAGAUGAUCACUGUCUUUUUCAUUGCACAAUUACCCAACUACAGAAAAAAAAUAUAUCCCACUAUUAGUUAAAAAGUAGAUAGAUGCUGGUGACUCGGUCACUAGUGGUAGGGUUGGCUGGAAUUGAACAACAUUGAGAAUCACUCAUCUGAGAAUAGAAUGUUCAGGAUCAAGCAGCUGCAUUCCAGUGGGAAUAGCAGGUAUCGUUAACACUCCAUUCGGUUUUCUUCAAAGGAAACCUAGGAAGAUCCAGCAGAAAUGGUGAGGGACUGUCAGUGGUUUGGUUGAAGGUCUUAUUUGCCUUAUUUGUCUGUGUAGGGUAUAUAUAACCCUGGGACCUGUGGUUAUCAGGGAGAUCAGGGUGCGGUUAAUAAGUCAUAGGAAUUGGACUGUCCUCUGCUACAGGCAAGUUCAGAUUUAAAUAUAUUAUUAGUUCAAUCAAAAUGGUACAGAAAAAAAAAAUACUUCUGGUCAUGAGGGAUGAAACUUAUCUUUGCUUGUUUUGUGGAUUGGGUUUGAGAGGAUCUUGUAGAUUAAUUAUAAUAAUGUGGAGUUUUUUUAAUUUAAAAAUCAGCAUUUUAGUUGUGGCUUUAGUGCAAUGGCAUGUUUACAAGUGGUGAAUGGACCAGUAGAUUUAAUUGGAACUCUUAAUAUUCAGACUUUAAGGGAGGACAUUAGGGAAGAAAGUAGUCAGGCAAUAAUGGCUAAUGUUUUUUAAUUACUGUGAUAUGUAAUGGUGUCCCAGUACAAUACAUGCUACCAUUUUUAAUAUUUUUUCCUGUGCAACAAAGUGUAAAACAAAAGCAGAGACUAAAUGAAGAUUUGUUAACACAACCUAAUAUGAUACAUCAGUCCCUGUAAUAUUUUUGCAACAUGUAAUCCACAGUAUGUACAAUAUGUUAUAUUAAUACUAAAUGGUAGUUUUAAUUCUCUAAUUGCCUCUGGUUUAUAGCUGUCAGGGGGCUGUAUGGAAAUUCAUCAAAUAGGGAAAAAAUUAUUUUCCUUUAAAGUUAUUUCAUGUAUACCACAAAUUCAAAAGCCUUGAUAUAUGGACCAUUACAAAGAUGCCUAUUGAAAUAUGAUAAAGUUAAAGAGUAUCCUUAUUGAUUUCUUAAAAAUAAAUUACUUGAAGCCACUUUAAAACAGAAGUCAGAGGAAUGGAAUAAGUAAUAAUAGCCCCUGAAUAAUCUCUCAUUCAGUCCAUGACUAAUUGUCCCUUGUGGCAAUGCUAUAUGGCAGAGAGGUGGAAAGGUGUAGUUAACAGGAGCCCUGCCUUGUGAAACAUGAGAUCCGUGUUGCAAUUUGGCAGAAAGUAUUAGAACGUUCUGUAGCUGGAAGAUGAAAGGCUGAGUUCUGCUCACACCGCUGGGAUAAAAUUGUCUUGAAUUGUAGAGAUUGGAUACAGAAUGAGUUUGGAGCAAACUUGACUCAGUUUAGUAUGGUUUUGAUUUUAAGAGGGUCAACAAAUCGUUUCUGCUAAAUUAGUGCCGGCUUGGGAAUUGUACUUCUAUCCUUUAAUAGGUUUAAGAUGGCGCUAGUGAUGCCCAGUAAAUACUUAUCAGCAGUAAAAUACAAAACAAAGCAAACUACUAAACACCUUAUUAAUAAUAAUCACCAUUAACAAUGGUGAGGCAUGCAGAGCCAAGGCUAGGUGAGCAGUGGUGAAAGCGAUGAAUGGCAAGUGGAGGUGGAAGCGAGAGAAGUCCCGAUGUCUGAUCGAUUUAAGUGCUGGGCCGAAUUGGAAAGGGUUGUGUACAGGCUGGAUUGUGGCAGCGGGGUCCAGGGCCCAGAGCUGACUGAGAGUGAGGAAGGACCCAAUGUUUGGACAACUUAAGCGCCGGGCCAGAUGGAAAAGGUCAGGAUGUUGGGAUGGGAGGUGAGGGAUGGGACUGCUCUGUGACAUUUACUGAGCUCUUCACUGAACUGAGGCAGUGGCCUGCUCUGGCUGCAAUGAUGCCUGGCUUUAUGCCUUUCAUAAAACUUCAGUUCUGAAUGCUAUUUGCUUACUUUUAUAGGUUGCAAGUUUUCUCUCUGCGCAUUGGGUAUUUGACAGUCUUUUUUUUCUUGGGUCUUUUGGGGUUUCUUUGCUUUGUGGCUGCCUGUAAGGAGACGAAUCUCAAGGUUGCAUAAUGUUUACGUACUUUGGUAAUAAAUGUACUUUGAACUUCAAUAGAGUCAUUAAGUCAUGCAGCACAGAAACAGGCUCUUGAACGCAUUGUGGCAUGCAGACCAUCAAGUACUGAUCUAAAGGAACAAACAAAGUGCUGGAGGAAAUCAGCAGGUCAGGCAGCAUCUAUGGAGGUGAAUGAACAGUUUACGUUUUGGGUUGCAACGCUUCUAUUAAUGCCAUUUAUCAACACUUUGAUCAGGGCAUGAGCAGGUACCCUCAGUACAACAUUCACAGAAAAUCGCAUUGGCCACUGGACAUGGCUUCACAUUCACUUGAAGCACAGCUGUCCUUUUGCAAAGAAACAUACUGACAGAGAUGCUUUGAGGCUUGCAGUUAGAAGCUUUUCUUGUCAAAUAACAACUCUGUUAAAAUGAUAAAAAAGCAAAUGAGCUGCAGUCCUAAGUCAAAAUUUUGUCCCACACUUGCAUAACAGACCAAAUAACAAUCUCUAUUAGAUACCACUAACCAAUGGAAAUGUACUGCCUGCAUCAAAACAGGCUGUUUCCUGCAAUUGUAUAACAUAGUACAAUAAUUAAUUCACAAAUUAUGAGUACUAUUAAAUUCGUUGUAUUUAGCCCCAGUCACAUGCAUUUGUAGGAAAGCUAUCCAUUCUCCACCUGUUUUGUUUAUGACUCCCUUCCCAAGGGAAAAAGUCUCUGCUAAACUAUUGUACACUAGGCCUAUUUUCUUUCAUUUAACCCUUUCCCUGUUACAACUUCAAAGUGGAUUUCUGGUUUGGUUGGCUGUCACAGUAGUUUGGAUUAAAUUCUGUAAUAGAUUUUUGCAUAUUAUCCAACAUAUUCCAGAAGGUGUUUCUUUGGCAUCUUUAUUUAAAAUUCCAACUGUUUACUUUAAUAUCUUCACAAUUCUUAUCUGACUUAUUCCUUUGACUCAUUAAUUGAUACCACUGGAGAUCCUCUGGUUGUAUCAUUUUUAAAUAUAGCUGCAGCACAUGACAGUUAAGCAGCAGGUCACAUUUAUAUUGACUUUUAGAUGUAACCUGUAUGCUAUAAAUGACACAGUGCAAAGGGAGAACCCGCUAAUUGAGCAGAUACAACUUCAACUCUGCAAAUAUUUGGAUUAAAGACAUUCUAUGCCAUGUCAGUAAAGGCAAAUACAGAACUGAGUGCAACAAUUAGUUUGUACAGUGAGCAGAUUAUUUAAUUCUUGGAGCUGAAGCUGAAGUUGAGUUGCUUAAUGUGAGAUAGCCAAUGUUCGGUAGCUCCCUGUGACCUCCAACCCUCAGCCCGUGUUCUGUACAUUAGACCCUGCUCACCACCCCCUCAAACUAAUCCAACAUUUAAUAAGCUUCUCCCAACUCCAUUUAAAGGCUCCAUAUAAAAGCCUCUGCUUUCAACCAUUGCAUCACCUUUGUUCUAGUCCUCUAUUGUCCGGAUAAUUCUACUUUUUCCAUAAUCCACAGACUAAUAGAAACAUAGAAAACCUACAGCACAAUACAGGCCCUUCGGUCCACAAAGCUGUGCCGAACAUGUCCUUACCUUAGAACUACCUAGGCUUACCCACAACCCUCUAUUUUUCUAAGCUCCAUGUAUCCAUCCAGGAGUCUCUUAAAAGACCGUAUUGUUUCUGCCUCCACCACCGUCGCCAGCACCCCAUUCCACGCACUCACCACUCUCUGUGUAAAAAAAAAACUUACCCCUGACAUCUCCUCUGUACCUGCUUCCAAGCACCUUAAAAUUAUGCCCUCUCGUGCUAGCCAUUUCAGCCCUGGGAAAAAGCAUCUGACUAUCCACAUGAUCAAUGCCUCUCAUUAUCUUGUACACCUCUAUCAGGUCACCUCUCAUCCUCCGUCGCUCCAAGAAGAAAAGGCCGAGUACACUCAACCUAUUCUCAUAAGGCAUGCUCCCCAAUCCAGACAACAAGCACGCAUUUCCUGCUGUUGGCGAAUCAGCUUUCUUUUCACCAGCUCCCACAUCUCUAUUCUGCAAGACGCCAAUUUACAUAGAUCUAUUAAUCUGCAUUUGCUCUGGGUAUUAAAGCAAAUACUUAAAUCAAACCAUGUGUAAUAAGCAACAUCAGCCCCAGGUAUGAUGAAAACACUUUACAAUUAAGCUGGUAUUUAGUUAAAUAAAGAAGUUGGCUACUCGAUGUUCUGAAUGUUCACUUCAUUAAAAUUACUCAAGGAAAACUAUAGUGAAAACUCUUUCAGCUUGGGGGUUGUGGGACGGGGGACAGCUAUAUUGCAGCCACUGAGCAUGCCAAUUGCAUGCAACUGUGGCCUGGCCCUUGUGCCGUAAACAGGAAGUCAGGAAGUUCUGUUCCUCCUCUUUAUAUACUCAGCGAUCCAGUGAAAAUCUAGAAAAACUCCAGUACCACAACUAACUUGACUGAGAAACAUAUCAAUGCCUUCCUAAAAAUCCCAAUAUAUCAUUCAUCCCCUCCCACAAUAUUAGGCAACAUCUAUGAUAAUUUAGUUCACCUAGAUUCAGAACCCAUUUUGAGAGAGGAAUUACCACUGAGACCAUCUGAUAUAUAGUCUGAUUAUAUCCUUGUGUCAAUUAACUGAUAAGUUUCACCUCAAAUAACAUGAUUAAUAUGCCUUAAAACAAAAAAGUUGGAGUCUGGUUGGAUCUGUGGAAAGAGAAGUGGAUAAUAUUUUAGGUCAAUGACCUUCAUCAUAACUGUGACAUUUCUGAUGAAAGGCCAUUGACCUGAGCCAACAACUGUUUCUCACUCCACAGAUGCUACCUGAUCUACUAAGUCUUUCUAGCAUUUUGUUUUCAUUUUAGAUUUCCAGCAUAUAUAGUUACUUGAUGUCCUAAUAGCCUUCAGAACUCUGCAAAACUGCAGAUUUCAACAUGAACCAACACGUAUCCCCACUAUUCAUUUGUUUCCAAGAUUCAUCAGUGACCUCUAGCACAAAGGAUGGAACACAAACUCAGAAAUUUAGGAAUGAGUUAGCAGGUAAGAGAUAACUGCCAAGAGGUAGUUGUAACAUUAAAAAAUGAAAUUAAUGGGAAAAGGUGGUCCUAUUCCAUUACUUGCAACAGCUAGAGUUUCACACCUAAACACAUUAUUAUAAACCCAAAUAUAUAAUAGCCUCUCAAACACCCCAUUGUAGAUGGUUGUAGUGGAAGGGUGCCUCUCUGACCGGAGGCCUGUAACUACUGGAGUGCCACUGGGAUCAGUGCUGGGUCUGUUGUUGUUUGCCAUCUAUAUCAAUGAUCUGGAUGAUAAUGUGGUUAAUUGGAUGAGCAAAUUUGCAGAUGACACCAAGAUUGGAUGUGUAGUAGACAAAGAGAAAGACUAUCAGAGCUUGCAAUGGGAUCUGGAAAAAUGGCAGAUGGAAUUUAAUGCAGACAAAUGCAAAAUGUUGCACUUCGGUAAGACCAACCAGGGUAGGUCAUAGGCAGUGAACAGCAGGGCACUGAGGAGUGCUGUAGAACAAUGGGAUCUGGGAACACAGGCCCAUAAUUCAUUGAAAGUGGCGUCACAGGUAGAUAUGGUCGUAAAGAAAACCUCUGGCACAUUGGCCUUCAAAAACUCAAGGUAUUGAGUACAGGAGAUGUGAUGUUGAAGUUGUAUAAGACAUUGGUGAGGGCUAAUUUGGAGCAUUGUGUACAGUUUUGGUCACUUGCCUACAGAAAAUAUGUAAAUAAGAAAGAGUACAGAGAAUUUUUGAUGAGAUAGGGAUUGCUUAUGCAGGGUUGAGAACUGGGGAAGUAGGAGGGUCAUCUCUGCAAAGGAGAAGUUUGGUUGUAGGGAUCAUCAUCAAUUCAUCCCCUGGAUAUUCAGUAAACAUCAUCACAUCUUCAAAGCAAUCUAAGUGCAUGUUCAAUUUGUAUGAAGUUGCAGGGUUUAAGAGCCUGCAGAACACUGCUCUUAGUGGCAGUCUUUACAGAGAUCAUAAGCAGCCUGAUCUUGUGGUUAAGCUCACUUCUUUCAAUUUGUGAUUGAAAAUCAUUUGUAGUAUCGCAAUAUUAGGUAUACUCUUUGAUCUUACUUUAAGUACCUAGCUGAGUCUUCAAUUUAUGCAUGGUAGAUGUUUUAUAACAGGAACUGUUUGGACUGGUUGUGAGCAUGUGCAAGUUACAUAAAAAUCCAUUGGCAAGUUAUGUAGCUAGAAAUAUACAAAAAAGUCAAGUUAGUGGAUUUAUAAAAUUUAAAUUAACAACUGUAAUAUGCGCUUCUACAUUAACUCAUAGAUCAACUUUUUUUGUAUUUUCAUUUAACCCAAUAAACUUGAAAAUGUUUGCCUCGUGUCUGGUACUCUCCUGCCUGGUACAUAGACAAGGUCUCUGAUUUCUGCCCUUGCACAAAAAGCUGAUAAUCUAAUGAACAGU